AUGGCGCAUGGUAACUUGACAAGCCGGCCAGGGCAGAAGCAUAUGGAGAUGGGACGGCAUAUCUCCAGCAAGCACCUCCACAUUGACGUGGUCAUGCCUGAACCGGCCGCAGCACAAGCUGCUCCUACCAACCAGAAUGGGCGACAAGAUGAUGAAGGAACUGUCAGAAGGAUUUUGGGAAUUGUUCAACAAGUAGUAUUCUUUUAUCUACUUUCACAAUUGAUCAAGAACUUCAUGUCACAACCUUCCUCCAACACCCCUCCAAUUCCUCCCACGCCCCAGUCAUCCGGUGCUCCCGGUGCACCUUCAAAACCCACACAAACCCACGCCUAUCCUUACUGGACUCCUGGAACCAAACUCAACCUCCACUUUCUCCUAUCCGAAUCGGCAUAUGAACUCAGCGACCCGGCUCUACCCCAUUUUACUUGGGAGGGAAUCGAGUAUGGCAAAUGGGAUGAGGCUCGGGAAUGGGAUGGACUCGUCAACGUUCCUCAGUCUGUUAUGAACAACGGAACACUUUGGGCCCACAUUUUCCUCACCCGGAACGGCGUGUCCCCCUUCGAAGGCGCGCAAAGGCCCGGUGACGUCCACCACUCCAGAAAACUUUUAACAAGGUAUAUGCCCCGACGCAAGAUCAGGAAGGAGAAGAGUCUUCUUGCUGGCGGAAAAGAAGAAGAAGUGGAGGAGGUAGAGGAAGAAGAACCCGAAGACGACAAGUCCCCAGUUUCCUAUUGGCAUCCUAAUGUCACACUCACACUCAUCUCCGACUUUCCACAUGUUCCGUUUACACAGGUUCCUCCUCCUGUCGCUGAACAUAUUUCGGUGCAUUCUGAUGGCGAUAAACCCUUUUACAACGCCAUUCUCUUCCCGAACGAUUUUUGGUUGCUUAAAAACUCAAUGAAUCCAAUUAACUCCACUACCCCAACUCUGCCUCUUCAUGUCUCCUUUUAUCCUCUGAGCUACAUGAAAUUUACUGUAUAUGCUUCGAUGACCGAUAGCUUCGAUAAACAGCCUACGACGAGUGCCGCCGAGAUUGACGAGUUAAAGCGUAUGCUAACUGAAACAAACCCGAUUCUCCUCAUUACGACCGUAGUCGUUAGUUUGCUACAUGGACUAUUCGAAAUCCUGGCGUUCAAGAAUGAUAUUAGUCACUGGAAAAGCAAGAAGGAAAUGGUCGGCGUAUCUGUUAGGACAAUCGUUACCAACGUGGUUGUUCAAUUAAUCAUUCUCCUCUAUCUCAUUGAUAACAACGCCGAAACAAGCUACAUGAUUCUCUUCGGUCAAGGAACAGGUAUGGUUAUUGAAGCCUGGAAGAUUACUAAAGCAGUGGACAUUUCGAUCGUCGGAGCCGGGCCAGGCUCGAUUUUACCGUACAAGCUCGAUAUCAAGGAUAAACACGUGUUGAGCGAAGAUGAGAAAAAGACUCAGGAAUACGAUCGACUCGCCUUCCGAUAUGUCGCCUAUGUGGCUAUUCCGCUUCUUGCUGGGUACACUAUUUACUCGCUUAUUUAUGAAACGCAUCGUGGAUGGUAUUCAUUUGUGGUUUCUACGCUUACUUCGUUCGUCUACAUGUUCGGAUUUGCACAGCUUGUCCCUCAGUUGAUCAUCAACUACAAGUUGAAGAGCGUGGCGCAUAUGCCCAUGAAGGCCAUGAUAUAUAAAACACUCGGAACCGUCGUCGAUGACUUUUUCGCCUUUUGUAUCAAGAUGCCUAUUCUUCAUCGACUGGCCUGCUUCCGAGACGAUGUGGUAUUCCUUAUUUUCCUUUACCAGCGCUGGAUCUAUCGUGUUGAUCCCAAACGUAUUAACGAAUAUGGUCAAGUUGGGGAAGACGACCUCAAAGCGUUGGCUGACAAGGCCAAAGAAGAUCCCAAAGAGAGCAAGAAGAGCAAGUAG